AACAGGAGAGGGGUCAAAAAAAAAAACCUCUCUCUCUCUCUCUCUAGUUUUCUGUUUCUCCAUGGGAGAGAAAGAAGGACCCAGUUGGACUUUUUCGUCGAUUCUCCAUUUCUGAACUGAAAAUCGACCAAAAAACUCCAAAUGCCGGAUUCAGAAGGAACCGACAAGCCCAACUGGAGAAAGGCCAAGAAGAGAUCUCAAUCUCUAUUGCAAUAUUUGUCGAUCUGUUACUCUCGAACUAUUGGAUCUGAUGGUGAUUUUUGUGGGAUUUCCCGACCAUUUCCUAAGCUGGGUUCCUUCUUUUAGGUUUGUCCUUGCCCUGACGACGACGAGGAGGCAUAGACGACGAUGCAGCUUCAUUUCUCCCCUAGCAUGAAAAGCAUCACGAUCUCGAGCAGCAAUGGGUUUCUUGACUUAAUGAAGAUCAAGGUCGCAGCUCCCCACGUCUCUUAUCGUACCCUUUUCCAUACGAUCCUCAUCCUUGCCUUUCUGCUGCCUUUCGUCUUCAUUCUCACCGCCGUCGUCACCCUCGAAGGUGUCAACAAGUGCUCAUCCCUCGAUUGUUUGGGAAGACGAUUGGGACCAAGGCUUCUUGGUAGGGCUGAUGAUUCAACGAAGUUAGUAAAAAGUUUAUAUAAGAUCCUCAACCAGGUCAACACUGAGCAGAUCCCAGCUGACAUGAAGUUGCCGGAAUCGUUCAGUCAACUUGUUUCUGAAACGAAGAAAAACAAUUAUGAUGCUAAGACUUUCGCUAUGAAGCUAAAGGCAAUGAUGGAGAAAUUCGACAGGGAGAUUAGGGAAUCCAAGUUUGCAGAGCUCAUGAACAAACAUUUUGCAGCAACCUCCAUUCCAAAGGGCCUCCAUUGUCUCUCCUUGCGUUUGACUGAUGAGUACUCCUCCAAUGCCCAUGCACGGAAACAGUUGCCUUCUCCAGAAUUACUCCCUUUGCUUUCUGACAAUUCUUACUACCACUUUGUCCUAGCGACUGACAAUAUCCUUGCAGCUUCUGUUGUAGUCACUUCCACUGUCAAAACCUCUCUAAAACCUGAGAAGAUUGUCUUCCAUGUUAUCACUGACAAGAAGACGUAUGCGGGUAUGCACUCAUGGUUUGCACUUAACCCUCUUCCCCCAGCAAUUGUUGAGGUGAGAGGUGUUCACCAAUUUGACUGGUUAACAAGAGAAAAUGUACCUGUGCUUGAAGCUAUUGAGAACCAACAUGGUAUCAGAAACUACUACCAUGGAAAUCAUGUUGCUGGGGCCAACCUUAGUGAGACUACUCCUCGAUCAUUUGCUUCCAAAUUGCAGGCCAGAAGCCCAAAAUACAUUUUAUUACUCAACCAUAUCCGCAUAUACCUCCCAGAGCUGUUUCCAAACCUUCGUAAGGUGGUCUUUCUAGAUGAUGAUGUGGUAAUUCAGCGUGAUCUGUCAGCGUUGUGGGAGAGUGACCUCAAUGGCAAGGUUAAUGGGGCAGUAGAAACCUGCAAAGGUGAAGAUGAGUGGGUGAUGUCUAAGCAUUUCAAGAACUACUUCAAUUUUUCUCAUCCUUUAAUUGCAGAGAGUUUAGAUCCUGAUGAAUGUGCAUGGGCAUACGGUAUGAACAUUUUUGAUUUACGUGCAUGGAGGAUGACAAAUAUCAGAGAUAAAUAUCAUUCUUGGUUGAAGGAGAAUCUGAAUUCAAACUUGACCCUGUGGAAGCUUGGCACACUACCUCCUGCUCUAAUUGCAUUCAAAGGCCAUGUUCACCCAAUUGACCCCUCCUGGCACAUGCUUGGUUUGGGUUACCAGAAUAAGACCAACAUCGAGAGUGUGAAGAUGGCAGCAGUGAUUCACUACAACGGCCAGUCUAAGCCAUGGCUAGAGAUUGGCUUUGAGCAUCUCCGGCCUUUUUGGAGCAAGUACGUUAAUUACUCUAAUGACUUUGUGAGGAACUGCCAUAUCUUGGAGCCAUAGGUGAGAUGGACGAGUGGCAAACAGAAAGUGAGAGAUGGGACAGAGAUUUAACUGGGGAUGGGUUCCCGUAAGUUUUGCAGUGGGAUAUUUCGAUGUCAUCCAUCUGAGGAAAACAAGAAAUUUGACCAUAUGGAUAAUGCUGUCUGAUUCAGAUACUCUGCCAUCCCUCCCACCUUUGCAGAAGAGGACCUGCAUUACUUGUGGGCACAAGAGACAUUCUUUCAUUCUGUAAUAUAGCAAUCAAUGCUUUAUUUUUUUGGCAGGAAGGGGGUAGUUUUCCUUUUCCCUGACCUUCCAAGGGGUAUCUAGCAUUAUCUUGUCUAUUAGCUGGGUGUUGGGAAGGAGCAAGGGUAUUCAUACUCAUGGCCAGACCUGCUGACUUGGAUGCCUGAGCAAUCAUGCAGAUCGAUGCAAUAAACUGCUUUGGACAGGUUCUUUUGUAAGCCAACACCCAAGAUAUCCUCUUAUUUUUGGGGUAGUUUCCUGUUCCCGUCCCUUUUUUACUUUUCUUUCUUGAUUGGGUCUUAACCCCAUUUUUGUUCUUUUGUAUUCAUUAUGGUGAUUAUAGGUAGUGGGUAAUGGAGAUUGUUGUGUUUUGGGUCCCAUUUCAUUGGGGGAACUUUUUUUAGGCUAUUUUUUACGAACAAUUCAUGAGAAUAUUGAAAUUGUGCAGAUAAUUCUUUUUUGGCA